GCGCAGCUGCGGCUGCAUCAUAGCGGGCGGGGGAGUGGGGAGGCAUAGGGGCUGCGGUUCUCACCAUCUCCCCAGUUCCACCUUCUCCCCACUCCUAAGUCUUUCUUCCAAGGGGUGAUGGAUGAAGGCAGGAAAGCCUACGUUCUCCAUUUAUGCACAUCCCCCAGCUAUCUCCACGUGGGGGCUGCUGUCCUGCUUCCUCCCCUUUGCAGUCCUCCUUGCGGGUUCGCAGUGAGGGCAGAAGCCAAUAAUCUGACAUGGAGCAUGUCUUCACCCCGCUGGAAUGCCUGCUGCCCGCUGGAAAUUUGAAAUAUUGCCUAUUGAUCCUUAAUCAGCCUUUGGACAGAAGUCAUUUUCAUCAUCUGUGGAGCAAAGCUCUUCUAAAAGCCUGUGCUGAUGGAGGUGCUAACCAAUUGUAUCAUGUCACUGAAGGAGAGCGGGAGAGCUUCUUACCUGAAUACAUCAGUGGAGAUUUUGAUUCUAUUAGACCUGAAGUCAAAGAGUACUACGAAGCCAAGGGAUGUGAACUUGUCUCAACUCCUGAUCAAGACUACACUGAUUUUACUAAGUGCCUUAAAGUGCUCCAGGAGAAGAUAAUGGAAAAGAAGCUCCAGGUUGACCUGAUUGUGACUUUGGGUGGACUCACAGGACGGUUUGACCAGAUCAUGGCUUCUGUGGAGACCCUUUUUCAUGCAACUACCAUCACUCCAGUGCCUGUUAUCAUCAUACAAGCAGGUUCCCUCAUUUGCCUGCUUCAGCCAGGAAAGCACAAACUGCAUGUAGACACUGGAUUUGAAGGUGAUUGGUGUGGCCUUGUUCCUGUUGGACACCCUUGUAAGCAAGUCACCACAACAGGCUUAAAAUGGAAUCUCAAUGAGAUGUUUGGUGGACAGCCAGAGUGGUCCAUUGGUACCUUCAAGAUACCAAGAAAAAGCAAGAGCAAGAACAUGGAGUCACACAGGAUCGAGAGGAAUGGAUUGGCUUUGACCUUCAUUAUUAGAGGAAACUCCUACAUCCCUGAGGCAAAAGACCUAUUUUGGUAUUUGAAUAUAGCCAAUAGUGUGCUCAUGUUCGGAACCCUGGUCAGCACUUCAAACACUUAUGAUGGCUCUGGAGUUGUGACUGUGGAAACAGAUCAUCCACUCAUCUGGACCAUGGGCAUCAAAGAUAAACCCACAGAAUGACUUCAAAAUCCACCCCUGCCUUACCUAAUCUGUUUAUGACUGAAAAACAGGAGGAAUACAUCUGGAUUAGAAUAGUUAUAUAAGUCAUGAAGUGGAAGGGGGGCUAGUUUGUUAUUUUGGUUUGUUUUUUUUUAAUAGUUGUUUUCAUGCAAUUUAGGAUAUAACAUUUUAAAGGAGAGAUUCUAAUUUUUUUUAAAUGAAGGGAAAAAUUGAUGGCUAAUUAAUGUUAUCAAAAUCAGUUUAUUUAUUUAAAACAUGAAUAUGGAUCAGUCCUUUCUAAAAUUCAAAUCUGAUUAUUCACAGUAGAAUUCAUCAAACCCUUCUCCUUAUCCUCCCAAUAAU